UUCAUCAAUCAACCCUAACCUUCAAAAAUACAAUUGUCAUCCAAAAUAACUUUAUUAUCAUUAUUAUUAACACAUAAUUAACUUACCUUAUCAUUUGCCUCGCCCAAGCGGAAACCACUUAUCUGCUAAUCAAAUAAAAGCUCUAACCACAUGAUUUUUUUAAUAAUAAGUGAAAAUGUACAUCAAUUUUUUUGUGUCCACUAUAAAGAGCGUUAAAUUAAUGAAAUUACAGUGCAAUGUGAGAAAUUACACGAAGACUCUCUUAGGGGAUAGUAUCACACCUUUAACAGAAAAUACUCUUCUGGGGCGAAUGCUGGUUUACUUAAACAAUGCGAAUGAUAAGAGGUCGUCACAGUUGGAUGGUUCCAGUACUGUCGAUAGCUUGAUACAUGGAAAAACCAGCAACUUGCACAACCUUAACGUUGACCAAAUCGCAAACCUAUUUUACACAGCCAGUGUCAGUGUAUUAAGUCAAAAUAAGCAACAUUUACGGAAGGUAUUAGAUAAGUUAGAUGUUGAAUGUUGUCUGCGUUUAACCAACAUGGAACCUAACAAUAUUCUAAAGUUGCUUAGUGCUUUUAUGCAUGUCGUGCCUAAUCGUAUCACAGAGUACAAAUUUUAUAAUUAUGCAACAGACGAUAUUGAUCGCUGUCUUGAAGUUUGUUCCAAGCAGGAAAUUAUAAAGUUUAUAUUUUAUAUCGGUUUACAAAAAAAGAUGAAAAAAGCACAAGUUAUACUACGAAAGUGCCUUCGAACAGUCAAUCAACAAUAUUUAGAGCGCUUAACUGUGGAAGAUUUAUGUAUCAUUUGUAAUUCUACGUAUCGAACAAACACAAAAUUUACUAAUGCGAAUUUAUUAGAAAAAGUGAAACAAACACUCAACGAGAACCUAUCGCUGUUGAAAGAUCCUGCACUUUUAAUUACGCUAAUUAAGACAAUCAAGCACAAUAACUACCAGGAUGAGGAUUUACUAACAACAAUCUCUUGCACCAUCUUUUUUAACAAAACUCUUCAGUAUUACACCUUUACAGCCAUUUGUCAUUUACUAUCAUUGUAUUCAGAGUAUUUAUACUACGAUGAAGAAUUAUUUAAUUUAUUUAUACCGCAUUGUAUUCAACUACUACAAGGUGCAAUCAUCAGAUCUCAUACGGCGCAUUUAACCGAACACAUGCGUACCAAAGACGUCAAAAUCUUUUUAUCCUCAAUAAGCAGACUGAAUUGCGUAGUGGACUCUGAGGCCUUGGAGAAGGCAGUUACGGCUAAUCUUCAGCAACGAAUCACGUUGGACAAAAUUGAGCUUGAUCAGUUUAUUGAAAUUCUUCUCUGUAUGUGGAUGUUAAAAUGUCGCCCCUAUGAUUUAUUAACUUCUGUUUUAACGUCACAGAAUAUUGCGAUCGUCUACCAAAAACACCCGAGAGCUGUGCAACACCUCAAUUUACUUAUAUCCUCAAUACAAACUGAAGACCCCGAUCUUUUCUCACGUCUUCACUUACAGAGCAUCCCCUCCGACUUUGUUAACUAUGAACUGCAAAUGAAAAGCCGACCCUUAUUGCAAAAGAUCUACGACGCCCUUAAAUCUAGUACCAGUGUCGAUCGAGUAGAAUUAGCUGCCCAGGUGCCACACUUGAAUAUCGUAGGACUAACGGUUUUCAAAAACGAUCAAAAGGCUGUGAAUAUUGAAUUAUUAGACGGGUAUUGCUGUGUCAAAAAUCAAGACUGUCAUCCGAAUGGAUAUAUGCAACUAAAAUUACGUAUUCUCGAAGAAGAUACGGUAGCUGUUAUAACUGUUACCGAAAAGGACAUAGGCCACAUGGAUACAUUUGAAUUAUGUGAAUUUUUGUCAGAUGAAAUUGAUCUUAUGGCUUAAAUGUAUAGGGGAGCAAGACUGGAAUGUUUCUGUAUUAAAUAUUUAUUCUGUAUUUUUAUUAAAAUAAAUUAUGUAUACAAUGAAU